GACAGAGGGCGUCCUAAUUUCCUGUCUCCAGUCUUGAUUCAAACAAGCUGUGUUUAUUUGUAGCCUUGGUAGCUAAACUAACAAGAUAAAUCAUCCAAUCUAGGUCUAAAAUGUCGGAUUUUGAUGAAUUCGAGAGAUUGUUGACUGAAAAUAAGAAAGGGAUCCUGUGACUUUGUCACUGUGACUCUCCCCUGCUCGCCGCCUCUUCCUCCCUCUUUCCCCCUUCAGAGCGGGACAAGGAGAAUCGGCAUGGGUGGCGUACUCCGUCCCGCAGUCUCAGCCGAGAGAGGAAGAAGAGGUGCCGGGAAAGCAGGAAGAGCAGGGAAAGCCGCAGCGACAGCAAGGAACGUCGUCGACACAGGCGCAGGUGGAUACUGUACAAGUAUUUGAAAUGAGUUGCACUUCCAUUUUGUGUGAAUAGCUUUCUGUGGAUCAUUGACUGGUUUGAACUAUUUCUUUCCCCACCUUUAUGCAAGAAUUAACAAAAUACCCUUGUUUUAACUGUUAUUUCAGCAUACAGACUCAAAAACAAUCCCAAGAGACUGUUGUGAGGUACAGUAUUACAGCAGACAGUGACGUGCAUGACACUAUCAAAGUUGAACUGCUAAUUAUGAGUCAGCUGUCCAUCUGUUAGUUAAGUAAUAUACUUGGUGGUUGUUGAGUGUUCUAAUGUUAGAAUGGUUCUUAAUACAAACAAGGUCAAGGUAAGGGGAGACGACUUGGAUCUAUAAUGGUCAGAGGCUUGCUUUGAAAUCGGGGCUUAUAUUAUGGUAAAUGUCUGAUGUUUAAACCAUAUACAAAUGGGAGCAUGUAGAUGCCAGGUAGAUAGUUAUAACACAUUGCUCUUCGAACUCUAUCAAUCCAAAAUGUAUUUUUAUAUCCCAUUGAUUCCCAUACUUUUGUGCUAUCCAUUAACCUCCGUCCACACGGUCUCUGCAUUGCAAGGCUAUAUGUCCAUCUCUCCUGUCCCCUCCUGUCUCUCUCCUACAGUCGCUCUCCAGCUCUGCACAGAGAGAAGAAGAAGAAAGUGAGGAAGUACUGGGAUGUCCCGGCACCAGGCUUCGAGCAUAUCACCCCCCUGCAGUACAAGGCUAUGCAGGAUUUGCAGAACAGCACUCAACCCACGAAGGAUGACUGAUCGGACAAGCACGAGGAAUGCAACGGGUCUGUAUAAUGUUGUGGAUGAAUAUGAAGUCUCCUUCCCCUUUGAGGAGAACCAGGGCCGGUCUGCCUAUCUGAACCAGAGUGAGCAGAUUUUGGAAGAGGCGGCUUCUGAAAUGCCUCCGCACUACAGCCCGUUCAUGCUGAUCACCAACCUGCGCACCCACCUUUGUGUGUCCCUGGAGAAGAAUUCGUGGCUGCAGAAGCGCAUCGAGGACCUGGAGGAGGAACGCAACUUCCUGCGCUGCCAGCUGGAACGCUUUGUCUCCUCCAUGAGGACGCCGGAGAGCAACCGUAAAGACUGGGGUGUUGGUGGUGGGGAGCACUUUUCUACUGACUUCCCACUGGGCACAGAUGUCAUUUCAGCAUCUAUUCCAGAGAGAGCUCCAAGCCCUCCUCCUUCGCCCAUGACCACCAGGUCUGGAAUGCUACGGAAACACGUCCAGAGCCAACCUCACACAUGUAGCAGCAGAGUACCUGUAAAACAGGAGGUGCGUGUGAUCGAAGAAGAUAAGUACUUUGAGGAAGACGGUUAUAUGGAGGAAGAGGAAGUGGAAGAGGAGGACGAUUCAUCGGACGAGAAGAUGUCCAAGAAAAGGGGAUCCAAGAAUGGUGGGGAGCCAAGAAUGAAAAUGAGACGGGUUUUCCGGAUUACUCGGGGCAAGGAAAGACAAAGAGUGAAAGAUCCUGACGGUGUGCUCCAUCGGUACCAGAAGAUCCUCCUCACCUACCAGCGCCUGAGGAGCAUGUCCAAGGCCUUCCAGGUCCACCGGGUGGACCGCAACACUAUGGCCUCCACAUCCCCCAUCGCCGAGCUGCUGCUGGUAGCCCCAGAGAAGGUGGCCGAGGUGGGCGAGUUUGAGUCUUCCAAGGAGAAGCUCCUGGACUACGCCCGUCGCUGCUACAAGGCCCUGGACGAGCCCAUGCACGCCAAAGUGGCAGCCAUGAAGAAGAACCACCUGCUUCUGCCCAUCUCCUACAGGUUCAGAAACUAAUGGAAGGUCUUUUCCUCCUAUAAGAUUAGACAUGGAGGGAAGGUAGACUGAAAAGUUAUUGACCUUAAUGGGGAGUCGCAUACCUAAGGCUUCGUUAAGAGCCAUUUGGCUCUAGCUUCAGAUUAUUAUAAUUUUUUUUUGUAUUUAUUUUUUUACCUCUUCUCUUGAAGUAUCUUAUUCAUUGUGUUUGAAUCAUCUUCUGAAGGGCUAAUUGCAGGAUUACUGCAUUGGGGCACCGAGAGUAGUUUUUCAUUGUUGAGCGAGAGAUAUGUUUGCCCAUCUUUUUUUAUUGCAAGGAAAGAGAUGGAAUUUGUGUAAAAGGUUGUAGUCUGUCACUGUAUUCACUAAAAGCCACACACUGGAUAAUUUUGUGACGUAGCCUAUUACAGCAGUUACAUAGAAAAAUAAUGUUGGCUCCAUCCUGCUGUUCAUGGUAAUUGGAUUACGUUUUUAUAGUCUUUGAUUCAUGGCUAUCUUUCAUUGUCAGGUGGCACAGCAGAAUGAUGAUCUGCGGUGUGAGUUUCUGCAUGAAUGGUAGAAGCACUGGCAUACUGCAGACACUGUAUUCCUUCCUUUGAGAGCCCUGCUAGUUUUUGUAGAUGACUGCCAUUCAGGGAAAUAUUUUCUACAAGUUUGCAGAGUCCAAAUUAAUGGAAAAUGUGAAGAAUUUGAGCAUACAUCAAAUGUUGUUUUGAUGGUAAAGACAGUUAAUGGACAGGCACACCGUUCUGAGCCGUGAGUUUAAAGAAACUCCACCUGUACAUGUUUAUUUGUUUUCAUUGUUGAACCAUUUGUUAAUACCUGAUCCACAGCUACAAUAUUAUUUUGUUAAUUUGUAUUUAUUGACAUUUUCUUUCCACAUUUCGAUAGUAUAUUGAGUUCAGUGAAAGCAGUGUAACCCAUCUGCUGUACAAUAAAAAAAACAUUGUUUGCGCAAAAUGCA